AUGCGAUCUUGGAGCCCGACGUCAUCUCCCACUUGCAACUCGGGGGUCAGCGCGUGCGAGAAAGGAGAGCAGUGGCAGCAGGCUCUGGCGCUGCUCAACGAGAUCUGGGAUGCGAGGCUGGAGCCCGACGUCAUCAGCUACAACGCCGGGAUCAGCGCGUGCGAGAAAAGCAAGCAGUGGCAGCAGGCUCUGGCCUUGCUCAGCGAGAUGCGGGAGGCGAACCAGGAUCCUGACGUCAUCAGCUACAGCGCCGGGAUCAGCGCGAGCGCUGGGGGCGAGCAGUGGCAGCGGGCCCUGGCGCUGUUCGGCGAGAUGCGGGAGGCGAAGCUGAAGGCUAACGUCAUCUACGCUACAGCGCUGGUGUCAGCGCGUGCGAGAAGGGGGAGCAGUGGCAGCGGGCUCUGA